CCUUCUUUUCUCCUCCCCACCCCUUUCCUCCAGCAGAGAAAAGUAUCUCAGAGCUGUCCUGGACUGUAUUCCUAUGCAAUUGUGAGCGCUGCCAUGGGGAUUCUCCUAGGAACUGCUGGCUUUUAAACAACAAACCCACAUGCUGCCUUGCUACAGACCAUGGCCUGUACGCUGGAGAAAUUCAUCCAUUCCUUGGAUCCCAGAAGCCUCCCCAGGGUCCUCCAAAUCCAGUCAGGCAUUUACUUCCAAGGCUCCAUCUAUGAAAUGUUUGGAAAUGAAUGCUGUCUGCCAACAGGAGAAGUGAUUAAAGUUAUUGGGUUCAAAAUUAAUAAGCUUAUAGCAAGUAUCUGUGAGAAUAAUGAAGAAGGUCGAUGUUCAUCUAAAACUGAACUCUCUCUGAAUUUUCCAGGUCUUUAUAAGAUCGUGGUUGAUAAAAUUCCAUACCUCAGCAUUGAAGAGAUUACAAGAAAGGUGUCUAUUGGGUCAACACGACUGGGCCACCCCUGCUUCUGUUGCCAGGAGGAUAUAAAACUGGCAAGCCUCACCAUCAAACAGGGUGAGCAGAUUAUGUUCAACUCCGUGGAAGAGGUCAAUGGGACAAUGACUGUGAACUGUGGGGUGGUAAGAAAUAACCAGUCUCAUUCCUUCACUUUGCCAAUUUCACAACAAGGAAAGUUCUAUGAAUGUGAAGAUGACCAGAUUUAUACCCUAAAAGAAAUUGCUGAAUGGAAAAUCCCAAAGACCAGGAAUCGGACUGUGAAACUUUUCAGUAUUUUACAUAGUUGGGACUCCUCUAAUCCGUUUCCUGAAAAUUUUGAUGGCAGUCUGAUUCUGGCACCAGUUUAUGAAGUUCAGGCAGUGAUGAAAUUUCGAAAGGAUAUAGUUCAUAUCCUCUCUGAUCUAGACAUUGAAGUCAAGGAUGUAACAGACUUUUAUGAUAUUAACUGUUUUCUUCAACCGUUAUCUUUGGAAGAUGUGUUUGAAAAGACAGGCAAAGAAUUUCCUAUGGUUGCUGAGAUUAUAGAGGGGCCUGUACAAAGUAAUCUACUUUAUAAUUUAUUCUACCCUGGGAAAGAGAUCAUCAUUCACAAAAAGUAUCAGGCAUCAAGAGUCCUUGCAUCUGAGAUCAGGAGUGAUUCUCCUAAAAGACAUUUUUUAAUUCCUGCCAGCUAUAAAGGAAAAUUUAAGCGAAGACCUCGGGAAUUGCCAACUGCCUAUGACCUGGAGAUAGCAAGAAGUGGAAAGGAGCAACUUCAUGUGGUAGCAACAAAAGCCUUUGACUCUCCACACGAGGAGCUGUUUUCUGUUUCUGUUGGAGACCAAUUCAUAGUACAGCAGUGUCAGACUAGUGAAGUUGUAUAUGAAGGAAGAAAAAAAGUGGUAGAUGUCUUGGCCUGUGAACAAAUACUAAACAAUGCCUAUGAGGAAGUGCUGCUUCCUAUGUAUAUGGAAGGGGGCUUUGUAGAAGUGAUUCAUGACAAAAGGCAGUACCAGCUUUUAGAGAUUUGCAAAGAGUUCCGCUUGCCCUUUAAUGUCAAGGUGUCAGUGAGGGAUCUUUCCAUUGGAGAGGACAUCUUGGCUGCUGUGCCUGGCUUGCAGCUUGAAGAAGAAAUCACAGACUCUUACUUGCUAAUCAGCACUGUCAGCAAUCCCACAGACAGUUGGGAAAUUCCUGUGUAUCGUUUAAAUAUGUCUAUUCAUCUGCUCAGCAAACCUGUUAAAGAAACUGCAUCCUCACCCACUAGGACUAUUGUGGAAGAAAUUAGUGAAGAACAAUAUUAUAUGGUAAGGAGAUACGAAAAUCAAUCCCUACAUCCACCACCUAGACCUCCCAAAAAGCCAGCAGCACUGGGUCCCAAAUGUCUUCUUGCUGAACCAAGCCAAAGUGCAUCUGAUACUUCUCUGAAGAAUCUCUGUGCAGAUAACACCAAGAAAUUGUCCUCAAAUCAAGCUGCUGCUGUUUCAGAAUUACAAGUUACUUGUCAAAAUGAUUUGGAGCACCGGGAGAAUGCGGAGAAUAUGACUGAGGCAGCUACGUUAGAGAAAACCAGUGUGAUUAAAGAUGACACACUCCUAAAGUAUGAAACAGAAGAGGAAGAGCACAAAUAUGACUAUGUGGAUGAAAACUUAAUUGAAAACAUCAGAAAAAAAUUCCAGGAAGGCACAUUGCAUGAUAAAACAUACCCCCCAAAGAAAAAAAGGGGAGAAAAGCCUGAAUAAUACUGAAGUUCACCAGACCUGACUGCAAAACUGCAUGCUUCAUACAGAGAGACCAUCCAUAGCUACAAGAAAAGUCAACUCAUGAAUGGAAAAAGCGUUCUUUUCUGUCUCAUGAAGAUCAUUUGAGCCCAUAAUUAUAUAUAUAUAUAUAUAUAUAUAUAUAUAUAUAUAUAUAUAUAUAUAUAUAUAUAUAUAAUGUGCGCGUGCGAAAUGGGCCGUAUUCAGUUUGGAUUCAGAUUCAGAUUCGGAUUCGGCCUGAAUCAGAGACAGUGAUUUGAUUAAUUGAUUCAGAUCACUAUCCCUGGUUCAAUUCGGCUGAAUCUCAACCUGAAGAUUCGAUGCUGAUUAGGAAAAUCAGUGAUUCAGUCAUAGACACAGCUUUAAAUAUUUUUUCUACACACCUCAAGGUACCAGGCGUGGCUCGUGAAUGCUGCAAUGCUGGGGUAGCUGGAGCAUCCCACAGGAGUGGGGGAGGGAAGUGGGGCCCGUAUGCUUGGCGGUGAACCCUGAAGUGGACCAGACAUACUUCUGGGUCUGCUGGGGAGCGUGCUGGGCCUCCCCUCCCCCCCCCCAUGCUCCCCAGCUUGGCAAUCAGCCACAGAAGGACCCUUGGUGCCCCCCCAGACCUAGGAGGCACCAGUCGCUGAGCCGGGGGGGGGGGGGCACCCAGCACACUCCCUGGCAGACCCGGAAGUGGACCAGAAGUGCUUCUGUUCCUCUUCCAGGUCUGCUGCUGAGCAUACUGGGGAGCCCCCUGUGCUCCUGUGGAAUGCUCCAUCUGCCCCAUCAUCUCAGCAUUCACAGCCAACUGCUACCUUGAGGUAUGCAGAAAGAAUAUUUAAAGAUGUGUCUAUGUCCAAAUUGCUGAAUCUUUCUGAAUCUCUCCAAAUUGAUUCAGAGGGUUCCAGUUCAAUUUGGACAGAUUAAAGUGUCUUCUGAUUUGAUUUAGAUUUGGAGAUUUGGCCACCAAAUCGAGUUGAAUCAUAUCAGGAACUGAAGCUUCGCACCGCCCUAAUAUAUAAAAUCAUCUGCAAAACUAAAUUGAUUUAGCAGUCAUAAAUAAAAAGUUAGUAUCUUGGGACCUUUUGAAGGACCAAAAAGGGUUCCCCUUCUAAAUAGUUAUUCAGAAAUUCAAAUUGUUAUGCCAAAUAUCCUGCAUUUUUAAUGCAACCAAACUUCUCAUUGUUUUCCUGGGUUGUUGUAGGUCACAUGCUACAGACAACUUUUUUACUAUGAAACGCUACAUAAUUUCAAUUGAUUUAAUUUGGGAGUGAAGGAGAAAAGGUUAAAGUCCUUUCUAUACAUCUAAUACCUUUGCAACAUAUGCCUACUGAAAUGAAUUCAGCUACUUGGAGUCAGAUACUACUCAGUAGGUUUUAGGGUGGUACAAAGUGAAUUUCAAAUAUUUUGUGCCCUUGUAGUGGGUUGGUUGGUUGGUAGGUUGAGAAUAAGUAGUUUCCCCAAGCUAUUAAGAAUCAUAAACACUGGGCCUGGAUGGUCUGAAGGGAUGGUGGGAGGGUAAGAGCAGGGUUUGGCUACCAGGUUGCUUAAGCUAGGAUUGGUUUGUUGAAAAGAGAGUAAAAAAAAGAUGAGUAAAGGCUGUAAGUCUUUGCCCAUCCUGUGCAUUAAGCUAUGUGUUGAGGAACAUGUGGUACUUUUCAGGGUGGUAGCACUCACACACCUCUGUGGACUUCCUUGUGCUCUGGGGGAGCACUUAAUUGCUUUACAACCAUGCUAAUGGCCUGUACAAAAUAGGCACUAUUAGGUCCUGAUCAGCAAGUCUGACCUCUAGGGAAAUGGUUAAUGCCCUCUAACAAAGACUACCCCAGAGGAGUGAGGAUAUAUGGAAACGAGCAUAUAAUAUUCUUAUUUUUUAGGACAAUAGUUUGAUCCAAAUGUUUUCUUUAUUCUAGAUACUUUUGCAAAAUGAAAAAUAAGUAGUGAUACAAGUAAGUGAUGGUUGAAAGGUUUGUAGGCUGCAAAACCAACUCAACAAGCAUUCAUUGAUGCCUUCUCACCACUCUGUUAGUAUCCUGAACAUCUCAACUAUGGUGAGUGCUUCUGGUAAAUUAGAUGAGCUAUGGUAAAUUAAAUCCAGCUGAGAAUGUAUGAUCAGUGCUGAUGCAGAUGACAUACAUUCCCUACUCACAUAUUGCAAAAUAAAUAAGCACUAAAAUGUCUAAAUAAUUCUUAAGGAAAUCACUUUUAUAGUAGUCACAAUAUUCAGGAGUCCAUUUUAGAAAAAAAUGAUGGAAUAGACUACUUAUCUCUGAUGUAUUAAUUUAAGGUUCCUUUGCAUUGUUUUAUGUUAAUUUAGUCAGGCUAAAUGUUCAUCUUUUCUAUAACUGAUUGUAAUUUAUUUGUAAGUAAUAGCAGUUAGUAUCCAAUACUUUGGCUGCAUGCACAUGUUUUUAUGCAACACUGUGCAUAUACAUAGUUAACACAAUGGAUAGUUUUGUAUUUCUGUAUUGUAGAAGUAUUUACUGACUAAUAUUUUCUUUGCAAGUAUUUGAAAUACUCCUUAAGUAUUGCACAAAAAUCAAUAUUUCUUUUCUUAGCAGGUGAAAACAGUCCAGUUUGUCAGAUCAGCAAAUUCAGUCCUCUCUAUAAAUAAAAUGAAUUUAUGCUGUA